AGACGGACAAAAGUUGAGUGGAGGAAUGUGAGUUUGUCUGAAGGGGAAUAAAGGCGUCCUGAUGGGAGAGAGUUUUGGAGGCAAAGGGAAAUUCUGACUCAAAAACGCGUCGUGAUUCCAAAAAUAACAACUCGGACUGGCUGGAAAACUCUCGAGAGGUUUUUUGGUUUUGGCUUCAAUAGCUUACUUCACGUUCAGGAUUACUAAACACUUUUUGAGCUUAAAAAAGAAGAAAAAAAAAGUUUACACUGCUUUUGGAAACAGAUUUUGAUGGCAAUUUUGGGGACGACCUGACAGCUUCACUGUUUUGAUCCUGAGGAUUCGACUUUUCCCUGUUUUUCCUUCUGAAGCUUUUUUGAAGUUGACUAAGGAAUCUGCCUGAAUCGCUCAUCUGUGGGAAGUUGGAGCGCUGGAGCGAUGCGAUGAUGAAGAUGAUGAAGAUGAUGCGAUCUGAGUCCACCGAGUCCCACACGACACCGAACCCGAACCUGAAGCCGAAACCAGACAGAAGAAUGACCGGCUCGAAGCUUUUCACCGUGUUACUCAUGCUCGUGUUUCGCGUCGGGUCCGCGGAGCGUGUGUCAGGGCUAAGCUUCGUGGAGAGCCCUGGGAAUGUGACUUCCUCUCUUGGGAAGGCGGUGGAGGUCCAGUGCGUCCUGCGAGCCGACGGGGUGGACCUGGACGUGGUCUGGCUGAGGGAGGGCCAACCUCUGCACUUUGCUGAACUCAACCAGAUGCAGGUCCCCGAAGAUGAAAACAGCUGGCUGGUUAUCAGUAAACUCAAGAUAGAGGAGCUAACGCUCUCGGAUAUGGGCUCCUAUCAGUGCGCGGUUUACUCCGGUUCAGAGGUGACAUUAUCCACUGAGGGGCACAUCCAAGUAGAAGGUCUGCCCCAUUUCUCAGUGGAACCGCACCAUUUGUCAGUAGUGGCCAAUGUAGGGCUGAGUCUGCACUGUGAGGCUCAUGGUCCUCCUGAACCUGUACGGGUCAUCUGGCUACAGGACGGGGCUCCUCUCAAUAACCUGGAGGACCCCAUAUCCCUGUCGCCCUCAACGCUACACCUCUCAGAUUAUCCCCCAGCCGUGGCACGCGCAAGAUCUGCAUUCAACGAAGUUAAACAACUACUGAAAGACCGGUCGGAUGUUCGCUAUGGAGUCAUUCAUCCGGCGAAGUUUCGUAUCACGUACAACGGGAUUAGGAAGGACUUUCUUGAUCCGAAACAAGCACUGUUAUACGUCCAGUCGAACAUCGUCGAUGGAGAGAGGCCCAGUGAUGACUGA